AUGCUAGGACAAUACAAGUUCAAGAUCGUAUAUACGCCAGGAAAAGACAACGGCAGAGCCGACGCUCUUAGCCGAAGACACGAUAUCGCAGGAACUAAGGAAAUCAUCGACACCGCGAUACUUAAGGUCAACGAAGACAGAUCACUAGGACCAGCUAAAACGCUGAACAACCUAAUGAUAACAAUCGCACAUAAAGUACCAGAAGAAUUGCAGGAAGCAAUCAUCGCGCAACACUACGACGACCCCGUACAUGGGCAUCCUAGUAUUGCAAGAACAAUAGAACUCAUCAAGCGAAAUUACGAGUUUCCAGGAAUAAAGGACAAAAUCGCCUCCUUUAUCGCCAAAUGCGCGGACUGCCAGAAAAACAAACACAGUACCUACGCACCUUACAGAGAAAUGCAGGCAAUGGAGUUGCCCGACGCGCCAUGGUCAGACAUCUCUAUGGACUUUGUUACAGGCCUACCAGUCUCAAGAGACCCUGUCACCAAAGUAUCCUACGACGCAAUUCUCUUAGUCGUUAAUCGAUUCACGAAACAAGCCGAAUAUAUUGCCUUCAGAAAGGACUACACGGCGGAACAACUUGCACACAUAUUUAAGGAUCGAAUCAUCAGAUACCACGGCAUACCAAAGUCAAUCAUUAGUGACAGAGACAAGCUCUUCACCUCGAACUUUUGGACUACUUUACUUGCUGUAAUCGGAAUAAAACGGAAGCUAUCGACAGCUUACCACCCGCAAACAGACGGACAAACCGAGCGAACAAAUCGCACGAUGAAAGCCUACCUACGAAUAUAUGUUAACGAACAACAAAACAACUAG